AUGACCGCAUCUGUGAACCCCCGCCAGUACACCGCUGAUGAUCGUAUCCGUUGGGACCGUUACGCCGAACAGUUCCGCGCGUUCCUUAACGGCACGGCGCCUUUCCCUGGUGACCCUCCCGAGGGAUACCGCGAGGUAUACCGCGUGUCGCAACGUUUCGCGCCGCUUCCGGAGGAAUACUCCUCGCGCGUCUUGGAGGCUCGAAACGCCAGCCGUGCCACGACUCGACCGUCGACGGGAGGAGUCCAAGGCAGCGGAGGUGCUGUAGUACCCACGCCCGCAACCGGUGUCACGAUGACCGGUGACGCUUUUGCAACGUUCUUGGACCACAGCACGGCCAUGCAGCAGCAGUUCUUGGGCUACCUGAAGGACGCGCGCGCUGGUCAUGGCCCUCGUCCGGUUCCGCCUCGCUACGGCCGUGGUCGUUCGCGCGGUGCCCCUCGUGGUGGUCUUGGUGGACGCAUCGGUCAGCCGGGUCGUGGGCCCUACGGUGGUGGACGUCCCGAGAACGCUAGGACGCGUCGUCGCCAGCGCCGUCAGGGGCGUGCGCAGCAUCCUGAGGGUACCGAAGAGGGCAUAGCCUCGCAGGCGUCAGGUAGUGGUUCGACUUCGAACUCCCAGGCUGCCAGCCAGGGAAACAAUAGCUACGAAAACGAAGACGUACCUGCUGACCACGACGACAUCGACCUCUCGAUGACCGACGACUUCGACGACGAGGACGCGUCGCGCUUUUGA